CCCAUCGUAUUGGUGGUCUACAAACCAAAAAAAUCGGACAGCUCGGCCAAGCAGGCAAGCAAUAGGCUAUUUGGAGGGCAGCUUGGCCGAUGCAGAUAGGCAGUAGCCUACAUCACUAUGUUUCGGCAGAUCAAAAUCUACUGAGUUGAAGGCUAUACUAUUUGACUACGUCGUUCAUUUGCUAUGCAGAAUAUGCUAUUGCUUCUACUGACGUUACUCAGUACCCCUCAUUGCAUGGGGUAUUCUUUGGGUAUCCUACGCUGGAACGAAGACAGGAAGGUUGUGUGUUCAGGGAAGGAUUUCCAAGUACCUGUCUUCUCAAGGUCAAGGAUAGUGACAUUCACUCCUAGCUCACCCCCUGAACCAAAGAGGGUGUUGCUUGAGAAUAAUAUUGUAAAGGAUCCAAGAUAUGAAUGGACUCGUGACCAGACUUUACUGUUGAGGGAGGUUACCCGUCGAGACCAAGGCGUCUACGCCGUCAAAUUCUCCCAUGGCUUUACCAUUGAGACGGUUGAGCUUGUUGUUUCAGAAUGCAUCAGGAAGCUCCAUAAAACAUAUGGCGAGACCUUUAAACUGGACAUCCCACCUGAUGGAGCAAGUCUGGAGUUAAACCCCCUCAGCCCCCUUUCUUUCCUUUCAUCUAUCCCUUCCCAAUCUCCUUCCCCUUCUCCCUCUUUUUCUUCUUCCCCCUCUCCCUCUUCCACUCUCCCCUUGUUUCUCUCCUCCUCUCCCUCUUCGUCUACCUCUCUGCCCCCCUCACUCUCCUCCUCACACACUACAUCUCCUUCUCAGAACCACUCCUCCUCCUCCUCCCCCUCUCCUCCCUUCUCCUCUUCUUCUAAGACCCCCUCUCCCUCCUCCUUUCCCUCCUCCUCUACCUCUCCCUCCUCCUUUCCCUCCUCCUCUCCCUCUCCUCCUCCCUCUCCCUCCUCUCCAUCUCUCUCUUCCUCCAUUUCUCCCCUUUCACCAUUCCCCACACUGCCGUUGGUCCUGUGGACCGACAGCCGGCCCAGUGAGAGGACAUGGGGCAGGGGGAGGGUGAAGGACAGAUCGUGGCUGGUGGAUGAGGUCACACUAGCGGACCAGGGCAACUACACCAUCAAAGACAGCGACGGCAAGGUGGUGUCCAGGGCCAGCCUGACCGUGACAGCCCACUGGUCCAAUAUCACCGCGUUCAAUAAGGAACCCCUGUACAUCCGCGUGUACACACCUCUCAGAGAGGCCCAGCUGCGCCUCGUGCCCGACCACCCCUCCUCCCGCUCCCGCUCUGCCACCACCCUCUUGCAGGACGGGCAGAUCGUGGAGGAGGCGCCCUGGCACCGCGGACGUCUCUCAUUGGAGCAGAACCGCACCGGCCUCUACUUUGUCAUGGCAGGUGUCAGCGAGAAGGACAACGGCAUUUACGAAAUGCGCGAUGGGCAAGGGAACCUCGUGUCGACCAACAUUGUGAGGGUUGUGGAUAAGCACGUGCGAUGGAGAGCCGUGAUAAAGUCCAUCUCGGUUCCCUCGGGCAUGUUCGCGUCUCUGGCGGGUCUCAUCCUCUUCCUGAAGAGGUACCCCAGCUGCAGCGUCGCCAAGAUACUCCGCGGCCUGAGAGACCGGCGCAAUGCCACGACUGCCGGUGUCCCCCCGAGAGUACACAUUGAGGACUACAGUGAGCCCAACCUCACCAGUUUCACCAGUUCCCCAUACAAGAUCAGAUCAUCCAAACAAUGGAGCCCCAGUCCCUCGCGCAGUGGUUACUCUCCUGUUGUCCAGAGAGCCUUUGGAGACUCCCCUGAGCCAGCCAGAGCCACAGAGAUGCUAGGAACGGAUCCCAGUCAGAACCUACUGAGUCAGGAAUCAGGAAGUGUGAGGAAGACGUCCUUCUCCCUGGUCGGGGCCUCGGACUGCCUCCACUCCUCCGAGCACUGCGCUCAGUUUGACCUCGGCAGGUUCAACCGCAACAAGGACGCCAAGGACUAUUUCUCCACCUUACCACUGGACAUGGACACGUCUGACAUCUGCAGUGUGUAUACCUCAGACAAGCUGAACUUCCUCUAGGGGUGGAGCUGCGAGGGGGAUAUGUGGAAAGGGAAAGAGAAGCAGAGAAGGGAGAGAGAGAGAGAGAGAGAGAGAGAGAGAGAAAAUGAGAGAGGGAUGUGUAAAAUCUGAUAUAGAAAGACGAAGUUUGUGUGAGGGAUCAGAAAGUGGUUGGACUCACCAUUGUGCCUGUCCUCUCUAUAGCUGUAACCUAUUAACAGAUCGGAGAGUGAAAGACGCACAGUGUGGCACAGAAAGUGUAGAGGUUGACUUGCUCUUAUUUGCUGUUAUUUAACUUCACAAGGUGUUUUUUCCAGAACAUAGGACAAAGAAAGCUGAACGGUCACAGUACGAGCAGAAUGAUGCAGGUCAGUGUGAGUGUGAGGGAUGACUAUGAAUUCAUCUGAUUUCUAUGGGAUUGCUGGGAACACUCAGAUCACAUGGACCUCACAUCCCCGGAUAACAUAGUCCUUUUUAGACUGAUCCCAGGUGACUCUCCAAGAUGACAAAUGUUCUGUCGACAGUAUGGAUUUUGAACUUGUUGAUCUCAAUAGAUUUGUUGGGUUCUUGACAUCAGCUGCUCAGCUGAAGUACUCCCUGUGUACCUGUAAGAAAGCUCAUCCCUUGUGAACUGAGUGACUGCAGGGGACAGGGGACUGCUAGUCUUCCAGGAGCAAACACUUGUAGGACUGCAGCCUUUUUGUCCAUGAUUUGUGCGGAUUGUAGAUGUUGCUUUACUUGUGGAACUUUUUCAUUCGUCCGGUCAUGCAGUUUCCUAUGUUCCUUUUUUCAGGAAGUUUCCCCACGUCUCUUUCAUGGCAUGUCUUAUUCAGCACAAGGGCUGUCAUUAGGUUAGAGUUGUUUGGCUGAGACCUGUUGUCCAUAUUUUCUUUGUGGAUUGUGGACUUUUCCAGAAUAUCUUCACUUCUCCAGUCUUACAUUCAUUGGAUCUGGAAGUUCUCCCAACUCCUCUUCCUGCAUGUCUGACUCAUCACAAGGGCUGUGUUCCUUAGGUUAGACUUGACCCUUUUGUGGACUAUUGUCACUGACACACUGAAUCAAAUUUGGUGUAUACUGUAGAUGACCUGUGUGUGUUGCCCUGACAUUUUACAGUCUAUAUACCUAGAGGCACCACUUAUGCAGAAAAAAUAGGCUAUGGUCAUGGUCAAUCAAUUCAUCCUUUGUGUCCCAUUCAUUCUACAAUUUUA